UAGUUACAUAGGUUCUUCUUAAAUCUCCCUCUUCUCUCUUUCUGUGUCUCAAACCCAAAGAACACGGAGUUGGCGGCGACCCUUUCUCUCUCUGAUUUCGAUCAUGGCAGCUGUUGCUCCUUCUUCUGACAAAACUGCAGAUUUAUUGCAGAAUUUGACCCUGGACUCUGAGUCCAAACCCAUUGGAGUUGCUGAGCCUGCGAAGAAGAAUGGACCCACUUUUUCCAGUGGUGCAGCUAAAGGGAGGGCCAAGCCAUUCAAUCCAAAUUCAUGCUUUGUUCCAAAUGGAUACCCUUCUGCGUAUUAUUAUGGAGGUUAUGAUGGGCAAGGUGAUUGGAAUGCUUAUUCCAGAUAUAUGAACCUUGAUGGAGGGAUGGCUCAAGGUGUUUAUGGGGAUAACUGCUCUUAUAUGUACCAUCAAGGUUAUGGUUAUGCACCAUAUGGAACAUAUGCAUCUCCCAAUUCCUCUUCUCCGAUGAUUCAACAGGAUGGUCAGCAGUACGGGCUGCAACAGUACCAGUAUCCAUGUUCUUAUUACAAAUCUCCAGCUUCUGCUGAUGUGUCAUUUACUACCAACAAAAUCAGUCUUCCAGAAGGAGAAAUAUCAACUACUGUUGAUGUUGCUGAUUGUGUUUCUUCAACAAAUGCUAUGAAUAAAGGAAACAAUGUUAACGUGGGCAAUAGUAAUUUCACUGAUAAAAAUGGGUUAAAUCCAUUUUUAACUAGUUCACAGCACACAUCUUUGAAUACAAAUGAUUCUUAUCAAGGGGCUAGCUUGCCAGCUUAUGCUCCUUUGUCAGGAUAUCAGGGUCCAAGAAGCACCCAUGGUACACAACUGCCAGUCCCUUCGGAUGCGUCCUUAGUAUCUGACGGACAGGCCAAAUAUGGAGCCAAGGUUGGAUUAUCUUCAUCAGUAGUGCCUGUCAAAGAUUUUUCAUCUCAAAGAAAUCAAAGACUUCCUCAGCCACUUCCCCAAUACUCAAACAUGAGUGGUUCCAGACAUCCUUCUGGACUUGACCUGGUUUCUGGAUUCAUGAACGGGAUGUAUCCGAGCAACAGGAUGUACAGCCAAUAUGGAAACACAUUCAGGCCUAAUUCUCAUUUCGGAUCUGCUGCGUAUGGAUCUAGAAUGGGCUCUUUCGAUAGCAAACAUAAUGGUGCAGGGUAUGGCUGCGGUCUUAACCAUUUUAAAAAAAGUAUGGAUGGUUUCAGCGAGCUAAAUAAGGGACCCAGAGCUGCCAAGAGUUCUGAUAAUAAAAACAUCAAAAGUCUUGGACCUGUCACAUUAUUACACAAGGGACAGAACCUUUCAGUGAAGAGUGACAACAAAGAAGUUCCUUUGGUUCCCGACAAGGAACAGUACAAUGGGAAAGAUUUGGCUGAGAAUUAUUCUGAUGCCAAGUUUUUUGUCAUCAAAUCCUAUAGUGAGGAUGAUAUUCAUAAAAGCAUAAAAUACAGCGCUUGGGCAAGCACCCCUAACGGCAACAAAAAGCUGGAUUCGGCAUAUCAGGAAGCCAAGGAGAAGCCCGGUGGCUGUCCCAUAUUUUUGUUAUUUUCGGUCAACACUAGUGGGCAAUUUGUUGGUUUAGCCGAGAUGUUGGGUCCUGUUGAUUUUGGUAAAACCGUAGAUUAUUGGCAGCAGGACAGGUGGACUGGUUGCUUUUCUGUGAAGUGGCAUGUCAUCAAGGAUAUCCCAAAUAGCGUGUUGAGGCACAUAACGCUUGAAAACAAUGAAAACAAACCUGUAACAAAUAGUAGGGAUACUCAGGAGGUUAAGUUUGAGAAGGGUGUUCAACUUGUCAAAAUAUUCAAGGAGCAUUCAAGCCAAACAUGCAUCUUGGAUGAUUUUGGGUUCUACGAGGAUCGUGAAAAGGUGACUCAGGAGAAAAAGUCUAAGGAACAGCAGUUACCAAAACAGAUCAGCAAGCCCAGUGAUUUCACAUUUGGGACGGUUACAUUUCCGAAGUCUCUUGAUGCAACCUUGAUCAAUGAAUCUGCUACUGCAAAUGCAGCAGAUGGAAGAAUGAAUGCAGAAGGGCUGUUAGAAGGGAAUGGAUCGACUACAGCACUUGAAGAUGCUUCUAAGAGCUGUUAAAGCAAUGAUAGUCAUUGGCUGAUUUUUGUUUUUGUUUGUUUAUUCCCUAUUGCUUUAGUCAUGUAGUGAGUGGUGGUGUUUUUCAGUUUCAAAUUAUCUGUUAUGUGAUCUUGGUCUUGGUUUGGAGUGGAGCAUCUAAUUUUAGCGUUUUUCUUUGGUCUCGUUCAAUAAAAUGUGAUUGUUUUUAGUAGUCAUAAGUUUCAUGGUGGGCCAAAGGAAGUUUUAA